AUUUGUUUAAGCGGGAAAUUUAAAGAACAAAAUGAAAAGUUUGGCAGCAAAUGAAAGGACCAUCAAUAACACUGUCACAUAAGGAAGAAAGAAACGUCCAUUACUGAAUCACAAAUGCAGUCCAAGAUCAGUGCUUUCUUCACAUCCACCCAAGAUUCCUCUUCUCCCAACAACGACCAUGAUUUGUCAACCUGGGAGAAUCAGCAACAUCACAUCAUCAACACCUACACCCGAAGGCGCGUAAAUCCUAGGCCCGGUACUUCGGAUCCCCAACCGGUAACACUCGCCAAAAACAAGAAGAGAAGCUACGCUCAGUUUCAUCUUGAUUUUGGCCAAUCCGAUUUCCUCUUACGCUCGUGUUCUACAUGCGGCAUAAAGUUCACUCCCGGUGAUCCACAGGACGAGAAAUCACACAAUGAAUUUCACAAAUCAUACACGCAGGGAAUCCUAUUCAGAGGUUGGACCAAAGAAAAUGUUAUUCCUCUACCCAGUUUGGAUUCGGGUCGAGUCGUUUUAUUCUUGGAGACCGACCGGUCUUCUCACAGGAAGAAAGUUGAAGAGGUGGUGAGGAUGAUGGAAAUUGAGAUUGGAAGUGGGNGGACCAUCAAUAACACUGUCACAUAA